GUCCCCAGGUGGUGGAUAGGGGAAAGCUACCCAGAUAUGGGUGGUACCGAUCAAAUCGGCGUGAACCAAAAUUGGCACUAAGGAGUAAACCUUAUAAAAAAUCCGUAAUCUAAGGUGUAAGACAUCGUGCCAAGAGAUGCAUGGCUAUACGGAGUUAGUCUCGAACGAUUCCCUGUGAGACCAGGCGACCCUCACUUGUACCUAGCCUUACCGUAGUAAGGGAGCACUGCUGCGGUGGACCUGUAGUUCUGCCCGACUCGUGGGAAUUAUAUGGAUACUUUAAAUAGCAAUAAACCUAACUUGGAUUUAGGGGCUGGAUCCAAAGCUAACGUUACACAGCACCAAACAAUAACGAAUCAGGAGACGAUGGGCCCUGCGCCUCGGUUCUUGAUCGUUAAAAGAAAAGAAGGGGAUUUCAAUAAUACGAAUCCCUUUCUAAUACAAAAGUUUAUAUAUGGAAAAGUUGGAGAGGUAAAAAAUCUGAAGAAAAUUAAGGAUGGAUUACUGAUAGAAACAAAGUCUGCAGCACAGUCAAAAGUAAUAGUAGGUAUGAAAAAAUUUUUAGAAUAUGAUAUAGAAGUAUUACCACAUAAUAGAUUAAACUAUGCUAAAGGUGUCAUAAACUGUAGGGAUCUUCUAAACUGUACCGAACAAGAAAUCCUGGAUGAAAUAAAAGAUCAAGGAAUUUUAGAGGUUAGAAGAAUUAAGUCGAAACAAAACGGUAUACUAGUCGAUACACCUAACCACAUUGUAACAUUUAAUUCUACAAAUCUACCAAAAGAAGUAAGAGUAGCUUUUUACCAGUUGAAAGUACGACCCUACAUCCCAUCCCCAUUACGAUGUUUUCGCUGUCAAAGAUUUGGCCACACAGCUAUAAAGUGCACUAAAGAUCAAGUAUGUGUAUGUGGAAAACCAAUUCAUACUGGCAAUCCAUGCUCACCUCCUGUGAGUUGCAUCAAUUGUCAAGGUUCACAUGCUGCUACAUCCAAGGACUGUCCCAUAUUUAAACAAGAGGUCGCUAUACAGGAAGUAAAAAUCAAAGAAAAUCUAUCAUAUUUUGAGGCAAAGAAAAAAGUUGUCAUAAAUACGCCAAAACCUAAUUUUUCAUAUGCAAAAGCUAGUGCAUCGUCAUCAAUACCCCCUCCCCAAACGUUUAAACCUCAGGACCUUAUAAAAGAUUUAAUUCCGGUCCUUAUUAACGCUUUAAAAAGUAAUUUUACUAUCGUUCCUAUUUCACAUUCUUCUAGUAUUCCCCUUUCCUCUAACUUAUCAAAUAUGCUUCCUCCAAAGGAACCUUCACAAGAAUCUAAUCUUUCUCAAAUGUCUAAGCGUGGCAGAUCAGAUAGUUCUGAUUUAGAUUCCAAUUUUAGUGAAACAUCAUGUAAGUCUCAAACUACAACCAAGAGAAAGAAGAAAGGGUGGCCUAAAGGCAUGCCUAGGAAAGGAAGCGUAGAAUCGGACAUAGGAAAUGAGAUACUGAAGCAUCUACCUUUAGGAGGUAGUGAGUCACAGUAAUUAAACACAUAAUUUUAUAUUUAAAACUAUUUUUAUAUUUAUACAUACAUUUUAUUUACUUACGAUUUAUUUUUAUAAUUUAUUUCUAUUCUAUUUUAUUUUAUCUAUUCUACAACCCAAAUGAAUAAUUGCACCCAAUUUAUUCAAUGGAAUUGUAAUGGUAUACGGCUACAUACCCCCGAGUUACAAAUUAUUAAAAAUAACCUCACUCCAUUAGUCUUAGCUAUCCAAGAAACACAUUUAAAGCCAACGGAAAGAUUUACACUCCGUGGUUUUAGUGUUUUUCGUAAAGAUGUUGAACCAGAUCAUAGAGCAAGAGGUGGUGUUGCAAUUUUUCUCAAUGAAACAAUACCUGCAAAAGAAAUUAGGUUAAAUACUAGAGUACAAGCUGUUGCUAUACAAAUAGAAGUUCCAAUUAAACUUUCCAUAUGUAAUAUUUAUCUCCCAGAUAUACACUGGCAUAUCCAAGAGAUCAACGAUUUACUCAGCCAACUACCUCAGCCAUUUCUUAUCAUGGGAGAUUUUAAUGCUCAUUCUCCCUUAUGGGGCUCUCUUACUAGAGACACCAGAGGCAGACGUAUUGAAAAUUUAAUUGAAGAAGAAAAUAUAUGUCUCCUAAAUACCGGCCAAUAUACUCACUUUAACUCUAGAUCCAACUCUUUUUCGGCAAUUGAUUUAUCUCUUUGUUCCCCUAAUAUAGCUCCCCGUUUCUCGUGGUGUCCUUUGGAUGAUCUUUAUUCUAGUGACCACUUUCCCAUUCAAAUUAAAAUAGACAUCCCUAGCCAGUCCAUCUCCAUCGCUGAAAGGUGGCUUAUUAAAAAAGCAAAUUGGAACGAAUAUUCUCAAAUAGUGUCUAUACCUAAUCCUGAUGACUUUAACAACAUUGAAGAAGCCGUAAAUGCAGUUACUAAUUCCAUCUUGCUCGCUGCUCAUGAAACCAUACCAAGAGCUAAAAGUCGUAAGCUAUCCAAAGCGGUUCCAUGGUGGAAUGAAGAUAUACGUGUAGUGAUAUUAGAUCGCAAAAGAACUUUAAGAACAUUUCAAAGAUAUCCUACUCAACAAAACCUAAUAGAAUUUAAAAAAAUUAGAGCUAAGGCGAGAAGAAUAAUCAAUGAAGCAAAGAAAAGGGCUUGGGAAGAUUAUGUAUCUACUCUCACUACGGAUACCAAUGUAAGUGAACUUUGGAAAAAAAUUAAAAUCAUAGCAGGUAAAAACAACAACCUAAUUCCACAGGCAUUAAAAAUCAAUAAUGAGUUUGUCACCGAAAUUGAAAAUAUAUGUGAAGCUUUUGCUGACCAUUUUGAGGCUGUGAGUAGCUCUCAAAACUAUAAUUUAGAAUUUCAAGAGUUGAAAUUACGAGAAGAAGCCUAUCCCUUAAAAUUUGAUACAAAAAUAAAGUUGCAAUAUAAUGAACCAUUUAUUUUAGAAGAACUGGAACAUAUUUUAGGAUCCUGCAACGAAAGUGCAGCGGGUUGCGAUUCUGUUAUGUACGGAAUGAUAUAUCACCUUUCAAGGAGCGAUAAAUGUAAGAUAUUGAAGCUUUAUAACAAAAUCUGGCUUUCUGGAAGUUACCCCAGCAACUGGAAAACAGCCAUUAUUAUCCCUAUCCCUAAAAUUAAUGCAUCGGAUACCGAACCUAAAAAUUAUCGACCUAUAUCCCUCACAUCAUGUCUAGGAAAAAUAUUCGAAAAAAUCAUAAAUUUAAGACUCACCUGGGUAUUGGAAUCCAAAUCUUUCCUUUCAAAGCGCCAGUUGGGUUGCCGACGUAACCACUCCACCAUUGAUGCAUUAGUGGCUCUGGAAAAUAGUAUUCAAAAUUCCUUUUUAAAUCGAGAACAUCUUGUAGCGGUAAUUUUGGACUUGACAAAGGCAUACGAUAUGACUUGGAGGUAUGCAAUAUUGAAGCAACUUCACCUUUGGGGAUUUAGAGGAAAUUUGCCAUCAGUCUUAUGCAGUUUUCUUUUAGAAAGACAUUUCCUUGUAAGAGUUGGUAAUCAAGAAUCAUCCCGAAAAAGGCUAGAGAAUGGAAUACCACAGGGAUCAACUCUCAGUGUUACUCUGUUCGCGAUAGCUAUCAAUUGUCUUGUAGAUAAUAUCCCUGAUAGUAUCGAGGCUGUCUUAUAUGUUGACGAUCUUACUGUUUACAGCCACGGCCACAAUAUGAACUUUUUGGUACGUAACCUGCAAGAAGAAAUAAACAGAUUAGAGGAGGUUGCAAAAUCUCGAGGAUACAAGUUUUCUGCUCCAAAAUCUCAAGCCAUCCAUUUCUGUAGACUAAGAUCCCCUCAUCCAGAUCCUCUAUUAUAUUUAGAUAAUAGGGAAAUUGAAAUCGUAGAACAAUUCAAACUACUAGGAGUUGUUUUUGACAAAAAAUUAUAUUGGAGUAACCACAUCGAGUACCUAAUCACGAAAUGUCGCAGAAUCAUUAACGUAAUGAAAUGUAUGGCAAGCAUUAGAUGGGGUUCGGAUAGAGAAAUACUACUAAGAGUAUAUCAAACUCUUAUCCAAUCAAGGAUAGAUUAUGGCAGCAUAAUCUAUGGUUCUGCUAGGCCAUCUAAGCUAAAACUACUCGACAGAAUUCAGAAUUCAGCUCUGCGCUUAGCCACAGGCGCUUUUAGAACGAGUCCUAUAGAAGCAUUAUUAUGCGAAGCAGCUUCUUCACCCUUGGGUCUGCGUCGUGAUAUCCAAACAAUUGCAUAUGCUACAAAGGUACAGUCUCUGCCUCAAAACCUAAACCACCAUAUUGUUUCGAACAAAGACAACGCGUACACUAUCCGACCUACAGCAACAAGACCAUCCAACAUACGGUUCCUCGAACUCUCAGAAAAAUAUGGCCUAUCGGUAGUAAGUAAAGUGGGAAUCAACCAACAUAAUAUUGCUCCAUGGACGAGGAUCCCUCCAAAUUGCAACACUGCCCUAAAUAAGUGGAAAAAGGAGACAACUUCAACAUCAACAUAUCGUUCAUUAUUUUCUGAACAAGUUCACCGUUUUAAUGACCACUUAAUAAUAUACACCGAUGGAUCCAAAACUGAGGUAGGUACAGGAGCUGCCAUAGUAAUAAACAACCAAAUAUUCUCAUGGAGUUUAGGGUUAGUAUACAGCGUUUUUAAUGCUGAACUUUAUGCAAUAUGGCAGGCACUCUUGUUUUUCUUAUUAAGUGAAAACAACAAAUGCCUAAUAUGUACUGACUCGUUAAGUGCUGCAACUUCAUUGAAAAACCUAUUCUCUUCAAAUGAUUUAGUAGUAAGGAUUUUGGAAUUAACUACAGAUUUAAUUUCACGAAGAAAAGAAGUGACACUCAUGUGGAUUCCAGGCCAUUCUAGCAUAC